AUGAGGCCUAAUUCUGAGAUUCUUUUGUGUUAACUGUAUUAGCUAGGAAUAAAUAAAUGGAAUUAUGAAGAUAUUGGUUAUACACAUAUAAAUUCUAAGGUAAUUAGUAUGGAGAUGAAAUUUAUAGAAUGAAUUGAUUUUAUUGUAGAAAGAUACAAACCAAGAGGUGAUAAUUGUUCCUAUAAAGUAAGAGAAUGAAUUUGCUUUUGAUUCUGGUAAGUAUAAUUAUAAUAUAUAUAAGAAGAAGCAAUAUAAUUUCAUUUUAAUAAGGAUUAUACUUUAAGUUUUCAAAGAAGAGAAGGUGCAAUGAAAAUUUGGGCUAGUAUUCAAAAUAUUUUGAAAGAUAAUAAUGCUGAAGAUUCUGAUUCAAUAGGAUUGAGUCCAGUUUCUGAAACGAAUUUAGUAGCAAUAUUAGAAACAAUGAAUAAUAUGAUAUAACAUGGUUCUUAAACAAAAUAGUUAUUAUAGAACUAUUUAAUAAAUAAAAAAGUAAAAAAAAUAAGGAAUUUAUGAG